UUCAAACAAAUCCCAGAACAACAGGCUGUGCUUCACAAAACGUCACAAUGUCUGAGGAGGAGUCGGGGAAAGGUGGUCUGUUUUGGAAACUGCUGCUGAACAAGCGAGGAAAAUGUAAAAAAAACAGUCUGCUGUGUGGAACAAAAAAUAAAUAAUAAUACUAGUGUAACUAUUUGAAUGUUGCUUCAUGGAUUAAACGGUCCUGUGUGAGGAGGAAUGUGGAGGUGGUGUGGACUUUGCGGUUUUCUUUUCCGCCGGUCUGUACCUUUCUUUGUUGGAUGCUUUUCCAUUUCAAUCUUGCAUUGCAGUCCCCUGACUGAGAUUGGUUCAUCAUGAUAAGGAUUUGCUUUCUGGACUGAGCGCUGCAUUGGAAACAAGAUAAUAAGUCCUUGUGUAACUCAAAAUGAAGUAAAUGCACAUAGGGAAUGAAAAUGAAGACCUAAGUGUGAAAAGAGAAACAUCAAACCUAAAACAGGGAUAAUAACCUUGGAAGUGGCAGCCUUCACCAUGGAAAAGAAAGAAAGGAAACCAAGUUAUUUUGCAAGGCUAAAGAGGAGAAGGCAGAUCAAACAGUGUUCAGAAACAACCGUGGCAGAUUCCUCCGAUGGUUCCAAACAUGCAGGUCGGGGGAAUCUGGACAAGCCCCCUGCGUCGGACAAGAGCUUGAAACUGGCUUCGGACCCAGCAAAGACAUCUGCCAAAAACAAGGCGAACACUUCUGAUGAAGACAAGAAAAAGAAGAAAAGUGCGAAGGAGAAUAGAUGCACGUAUCUUACAGAAUAUAAUGCAUUUGAUGACAAUAGAAACAAAACCCACGAAAAGAAAGAGAAGAAAAUGGUGAUCCAGAAACCAAACGGCACAGUGGAAUAUAUCGCUGGACCCCAGGACAAUCUGAACUGCAUAGCCUUGAAGUUUAACAUCACCCCAAAUAAACUAGUAGAAAUCAACAGACUCUUCUCACACACCAUCGUCACAGGGCAGAAACUUUAUGUGCCUGUUGUGGAUCAUGAUUCCAACAGAGCCCGUUCGCUCAGCUCAGACAGCCCUGCUUCCCCAAUGUCCUCCUCCGAUGCAGAAUAUGAUAAGCUACUGGACGCAGACCUAGCCAGAAACUCAUCAAAACCCAUCCAGAGAGUCCUAUCGUCAACUUCUGAAGAGGAGGAGCCAGUGACUGUCAAGUUUUUAAAAAUGAGCUGCAGAUAUAUCACAGACGGAAAGGGAGUGGUCGGUGGAGUUAUGAUCGUCACUCCAAACAACAUUAUGUUCGACCCCCAUAAAUCGGACCCGCUGGUGAUCGAGAAUGGCUGUGAAGAGUAUGGUCUCAUCUGCCCCAUGGAGGAGGUGGUCUCCAUUGCCUUGUACAGUGACGUCUCACACAUGAAGAUCAAAGAUGCUCUACCAUCCGACCUACCAAAGGAUCUUUGUCCCCUGUACAGGCCUGGAGAGUGGGAAGACCUUUCUUGUGAUCAGGAUAUCAAUCCUUUUAGCCGAUUCCAGGCCAAGAGUAAAGAGAAACGUCAGGCGUACCUUAGUGACACCGUCACCCCAGUCUUGUAUAGUGCAGAGAAGUCUCACACAGAGCUAGAACCACCUUCCGCCCCACUCACAGAUACAUUGCAUAGUGGGAAAGAAACUGUUGGCAUUCCUAUUGGUAUCAUGAAUGGGAUUGAUGCAAAUAAAAUUACAAUGCAGCUGGAACCUGUUGCAAUAGAAAAAGAGCAGUCUGUUACAGCAUUAGCGUCGGUUCAGGACUCCUCUGUAAACCCUGCACCUGCAGGACAGGUGGAAUUGAGAGAUGAGACUAGUUUAGUAAAUGAACACUCUAAGGAUGUUACUCAGGAACCAUCCGUUCAUCAACCUUUCACAGACGUUCCGAGAGAGGACGAGCAGACUUCACUGAAGGGAAAUGAAUUGCCUGGGCAAGGAAAGCAAGGCCAUGGUUCUCCUCCCAUAACAAAAACCUCCAAAGUUGACUCCAUUGACACGGAGAUGCUUGACAAUGGUAAUAACAACGCAUCUUCAGAUACAUUUGCAAAGGAAACCACUGUCGCAGAGGGCACAAGGGCACACCAGAAUGCCUUGUGUGAUGCACUGAAUGGAAAGGGACCACUGUUACAAUCCUCAGAAGAAGAAAAUCAGCAGAAAGACAGUGAAGCAGAAUUGAAAUCCUGGCUACUUAGAAAGAUACAGGGACCAAUUGAGGAUAUGCUGCCAUCAAAAGAAGAGAAAAGCAAGACGCCCCCAAUGUUCUUGUGCAUCAAGGUGGGCAAACCUAUGAAGAAGACCUUUGCAAAUAAGAGCACGGCUCCAUUGCAGCAGUAUGCAAGGAGAGGGAAGCAGCCUGAGUAUUGGUUUGCUGUUCCCCAGGAAAGGGUGGAUCACCUGUAUGCCUUCUUUGUGCAAUGGUCACCAGAGGUCUAUGGAAAAGAUGCCAAGGAGCAAGGCUUCGUCGUGGUGGAGAAGGAAGAGCUUAACAUGAUUGACAACUUCUUCAGUGAUGCAGUUCCCAAAAGCUGGGAGAUCAUCACUAUCAAUGAGGCAAGGAGACGGCAGAGCUUUGGCAGUAUUGAGGAUGAAGUGGUGGAAGACCUGCUACCAGUCCUGAAGGAUCACAGUGUGCUCUUAGAAGAUGUGCACAUCCAAAAGCUGGCACAGUAUCUACCUGCCAGGACUCAGGAGUAUCCGUGGAGACUGGCAUACAGUACAGCAGUGCAUGGAACCAGCUUGAAAACCCUGUACCGCAACAUGGCAGAUCUGGACAGUCCUGUGCUUCUGGUUAUUAAAGAUAUGGACAAUCAGGUCUUUGGGGCAUUAACAUCACAUCCUUUUAAAGUUAGUGAUCACUGUUAUGGCACAGGAGAGACCUUUUUCUACUCUUUUAAUCCCGAGUUUAAGAUCUUCAGGUGGAGUGGACAAAAUUCUUACUUCAUUAAAGGAGAUAUAGAUUCUCUACAACUGGGAGGUGGAAGAGGACAUUUUGGUUUGUGGCUGGACUCAGACUUGUGUCACGGCUCCAGCUACCCUUGUGAAACCUUCUGCAAUGAACCUCUGUCAAAGAAAGAGGACUUCAUUGUCCAGGACAUUGAAGUGUGGACCUUCGAAUAAACAAGCAAAGAAAAUCACUGAAUGAACUGCCUUAGUUAUGUACGUGGUUUACACACCAGGGGCCACUCUGCAUUUUAGUGUAUUGGUUGGUUGUAUUCCCCAAUGCUGGCUGCCUUAGACCCCAAACGCAAUGCUUGUAAGCCCUGUCUGUGCCACAGCAUGCUGGUGAAUGUGAGCCGCUUUACAAAAGCAGAACCACAAAAAGCUAGCGAGGGACACAAAACAAAGAAAGAAGAGACAUUUGCUUCCUAGUUUCUUCCUUUUACCUUUGUUCAAGUGUGAAUACAUUUACGCUCAGAAUCCAUUAGUAAUGACAGUCAUUACAUGUGUGAGCAUUGAGAGUAAAGGGUAGACAAGAAGACCUACUUUAAAAUCUGUUCAGGUCACGUCCUAUAAGACCUUACGACACUUGCAAUAUUGCUGAUCCUGUCAUACACAACAACUACAUUAAGGGAGUUUUAGGACAUAGCUGUAGUCAACAGUCAUAGGCAACAAGUACACGUUAGUCUACCAUUUAAAUCACAACUUGCAACAUGUUUGUAGCAUAUGCUUGUCACCUACCUCCUUGUGUUUUUGAGGGUUUCAUUUUGGGCAUUUUUUUUUUUUUUAAUACAGCAGACCUGAUUUGAGUAUCUCUCAGGACAUUUCACAAAAACACACAAAACCACUCUAAAAAAUCAUUAGCAGAAAGCUUCAAGCACAUUUCAUUUCAGCAUAACUGUAUUUCUGAGGAAAUAGACAGUGAAUUUUGUAUCCAGGUGCUUUUUACAUUUUGACAUUCAAUUUAUAAAUUUCUUAUUGUCUGUCUGUUCACAUGUCCUAGACUUAUUUCUCUCCUCCUCCAAUUUAUGGAAUGAAAAUACACCAAAAAGAGAAGAUACUGACCAUUAUAAAAUACUGAAAACAUAAGAUGUAGCCUUUUUUUUACUGUUCUGUUUUGUUGUUGUUGUUCAAAAUGUUUAGUUAUUUAUAUUUUAAUGUAUUUGUGUGUGUGUGUGUGUGUCUUUAUAGAUAUAUAUAUACUUUUUUUUUUGUUAAAAAAUUAAUUUUUAAUUUUUUAUAUAUCAGUGCUGGCACUGAAUAUUCAAUAAGCAGCUUUUUUGUGAUGAUUAUAUAUUUUCCUGUUAUUACAGACAUUUCAAACUUGUACACAGUAGAGAAUGCAGUACCGAAAGUAAUUGUUUAACCACACAAAACUUGUUUCAGUAAAUGAUCAGAUUGUGGGCUGCCUACUUUCACAAAGCCAGUCAGAGUUAAUGCUUUGUUGUGGCAUGUUUGCUACAUUGUCUGCGAAAAAUUAUUAGGUGUGAUGUUGUCCACAAUCAAAAUAAUUUGAAACUAAUUGAUGUAAGCAAACAUUUUAAGUUCUGGCAGCCUAAGGAUUAAAACUGAAACAUAGAUGGUCAUCCAAAACUGUGAAAGCUGGUUUAAAGUUUAAUCAUGCUUUUAUUACAAUAUGUGUGAUCUGUUUACAUGUUUCAUCUCGCAUUCCUCUGACUAUAUUUUUGCAGUAAUGCUGUCCAUGGACAGGCAGGCCAGUCUCAGUCUCUGGAUCUAUCGUAAUGAUCCAACUGAGGCAGAUCUUAAUGCCCCUUUAUACUUCCAUCAGGAGUAUCUCUGCGCUGCAUGUGUGUUUUUUGUCAUGUUAAAAAAAGUGGUGAAUAAAUCACCCCUAUACUUGUGAGAGUUCAACUGAUUUGUAACAUAGACAGUCUUGUGUUUGGUUUAUAGUUGGAAACAAUUCCAGCAAAAGGUACAUUUUUAAACCGCUGUUAGUUCACCACGAAGUACAUCUUAUUCUAGAGGAACAUAGUCCUGUCACCAAAGGACAACCCCUGCUUUUGUCUUGUAUAGAGUGUUACUAACUUGUGCUGUUCACAGUUUUAUGAUUACUGUCACACUUCACGUCACGUUUGUGAGAGCAACUAUUUUAGCCCUCAGUCUUAAAAUCGCUAAUGUCUUAUCUGUUAAAGAAAACGAUCUAAGCUUUGCUGACAUAUUUCAAAUAUAUACGUAUUGUUGCAUUACAAUCGCACUGUAUAUAAAAUACACUGAGUACAGUAUUCUUACUAUGUUCUUUGGGAAACUAAAAAUAUAUUCUGUGGUCUUAUCAAGAAUGUAUUCAUUGUAAGACUGUUGCGAUGUUUUCAAUAAAUAAUUGUGUGUUAAUAUCUA